GUCAAUGAUAAGCUAUUAAAUUAUUCCCUCAUACAGUCUCUAGUUGAGGUGGCUCGCUAGCCAUAUUGUCGAGCCAUCUCAUAGCUAAAAAACGAACUAGCUCACGAGUUGAGUUUAACAAGCCAGCGAAUCAAGAUGGCUCACAAGACUUACGAGCCGAACAAUGCUUGGCUUAAACACGUCUCAUUAAUAAUACAAGUCGAGUGUCAAAAUGAGUUUUUCUAUAGCCUAAUGUCAAGCGGCUCGUGAACAGUUUGAUUCAUUUUCAACCCUGAACAACACAUACAAUGAGCUAGGGAUAUAGUUGGAACAAAAAUAAAUGUAGCAAUCUCACUCAAACCAUCUCAACUAAAAUAUAUGAUUUAACUAUCCUUCAUUUCAAAUGAUAGUCUGUAUCACCUCAAGCAAACCAUGUUUGUACCGAAAAAAAUGAUGUAUUAAUAACAAUACAAAUAUUUAACAAUCUCAACCAAGUUCAAAUUAUGAUAAAAACCUAACAGACACUCUCGGUAUACUUACAACUAGGGCUAGGUAUGCGGGCGGAUCACUUGCGAGUUUUAGUCGACCCAUCUGCAUUUGACUCAAAUUUCUUAUGUGCAUGGGUCUGUGGGUGGGUGGCAGAUGGGUUGUGGACGGGUGCAUGGGUGACCGCUUAACCCAACAGCAAAAAGAACAAAGUCGUUGGAGUUGGAGGGGGGAGAGUGGAGACGUUAGACGGAAACUAGGAAUGCUCUUGGAGAUUGAACCUCAAAGCCAACCUUUGAAAUAACGAUCCCCUCUUCUUUCCUUUAUAUUUUCCUCUGAUAUUUGUGCCUAUAUCACCUCUCUUUCCUCCGUUGAAUUAUUUUCCUUAGUUCCCUGCAGUUGAUAAUCAUCUACAUCUAUAGAAAACUCCUCCAUAAUAUAAUUUUCAUCCAAUUUCAUAACUAAUUCGAUCUUUUUUCCCAUAUGCCAUCUUCUUGUUUUCGCCCGAUAACUCUCUCCACCGAUUAUCAUGUCAAGUUGACUCCUUUAUAUUAUAUACAUUGUUAUGUGGGUGGACCCACAAACCCACCCGCGUCAUCUACCAUCCCUUGACCCAACCUGUGACUAAAUAUAGAUGAAGGUGGUUAAAAAUUAUCAAUCCGUCUUAGCGCGGGUGAGUGCGUUUUAUGGUCAGAAUCCGCCCAACUUAUCCAAUGUCCACCCCGACAAGGCGACAACUCCAUUGGAUCAUGUCGUUGCAGCCCAAUUUUAGUGAAUUAUGAUGGAUCAAUUCUCCGAUUCAGCCCAGCCCAAACUCGGGUCACGAAAACCGAAAGGCCAGCCCAUGUUUUUUAUUGUUCUCUGCUCUGCUCUCUCUCUCCCCCUCGUUCGUCCUUUUUGGCUUUUUCGUUGAGCAAACAAAAUUAAUUAAUUACAAUAAACCCCACGCCAGGAAAAGGAAAAAGAAUUUUUUUAAUUAAUUUAAAAAAAAAAAAAAAACACAAACCGUGGGAAGAGUGAAGACCGCUGAGCUGAGACAGACAGCAAAAACCCUAAACACACAGAGUGAAAAUUCCUCUGCCUUCUUCGUCUUCUUCAACCUAAAGCCCUUCUUCACACUUUCUCUAAUCUCUACUCCCUUUUUUCCUUCUGUUUUUCCUUUCGUUUCUCACCCUUUACAGUUUCUCUGCUCUUUUUUAACUUCACUGUCCCUGUACUCCGUUUCCCGCCUUCCUGUCACUCGUCUCUACCUUCGCCGCCGUGGGAGAUAAUGCUUGUUGUCGGCGCCGGAGAUGAAGGUGUCGUUGCAACGGAGCCCGUCAAGGAGCACACCGCUCCUCUGUUCUUCCUCUCUUUUUAAACCCACUCUCUCUAAAUUCUUCAGAGCUCCCCCUUCAAAACCCUCUUCUUCUCUCCUCUCAAUGCCCUGCCACGCCGCCGCUUUCUCCUCCACCGCCGCCGCCUCCUCUUUCUUCCCGAAUCCUUCUUUAACGGUUCCCAAGGCGGAAGCCGCGUGUUCUCGCUCGUAUUCUACCCUUUACAGCGCCUGCCGCAGCGCAAUCGAAGGGGCCGGGAGGACCACAGCAGCUGGAACCCCGCUCCGGGCCUGGCAGGUCGGUCGUUUCCUCUGCCGCCGCACGCUCUCGGCAGCGGAGCAGGUGGGCUCUGCUGCUGCUAAUGCAUCUGCGGCCGCUGUUGAAGGGCUUAAGUGCGGUGGGGAUGAUGGCAGCGAGAACAGUGAAAAUGACGACGGCGGCGAAGAAGAGAAGGAGAAGCAGCAGGGGAAGAUAAGCCGGCGGCAGAGGGGCUCGCCGAGCGGCGACGCCGUCAGUAACGCUGAUUUGUUGACAAUUCCUGGUGUUGGCCCUAAGAACUUGAGGAAAUUAGUGGAGAAAGGGCUGAGCGGCAUGGCUGAGCUCAAGCAGCUGUACAAGGACAAGUUUCUAGGGAAAGAAAAUGAGACAAUGGUGGAGUAUUUACGGAGUUCAGUAGGGAUUAUCCACCGAAACCAUGCCGAGAGCAUAACAACGUUCGUCAAAGAGAGUGUAGAUGAAGAGCUGAAAGAUACAAGCUCGGAUGCCCGUCACAUUCCGAAGAAGCGGAUUACGUUCUGCGUGGAGGGUAACAUCAGUGUUGGAAAGACUACAUUUCUUCAGAAGAUAGUCAGUGAUACGAUUGAGCUCAGAGACCUUGUUGAAGUGGUGCCAGAACCGAUUGAUAAGUGGCAGGAUAUAGGGCCUGACCACUUCAAUAUACUGGAUGCAUUCUAUGCUCAGCCAGACAGGUAUGCGUACACGUUCCAGAACUACGUUUUCGUCACAAGGGUUAUGCAGGAACGAGAGUCGUCAAUUGGGCUGAAGCCUCUUAGGCUCUUGGAGCGAAGCGUUUUCAGUGACCGAAUGGUGUUUGUACGAGCAGUGCACGAAGCGAAAUGGAUGAAUGAGAUGGAGAUAAGCAUCUAUGACUCAUGGUUUGAUCCGGUUGUAUCAGUUCUACCCGGUCUUAUCCCAGAUGGGUUCAUCUAUCUCAGAGCAACCCCUGACACUUGUCACAAGAGAAUGAAACAUCGAAAGAGGGAAGAAGAGGGUGGAGUUUCCCUAGACUAUCUUCGAGACUUGCAUGAAAAGCAUGAGAGCUGGCUGUUUCCCUCUGAGACUGGGGAUCAUGGUGUCUUUUCUGUCAGUAGGCCUCCCUUGCAACUUGAUAGCUCGAUACAUCCUGAUAUAAGGGAUCAAGUGUUCUUCUUGCAAGGUGAUCACAUGCAUUCCAGCAUUCAGAAGGUUCCGGCUCUGGUUCUGGAUUGUGAAGCAAACAUUGACCUUAACAGGGAUACAGAAGCCAAAGAGCACUAUGCGCGCCAGGUUUCUGCGUUCUUUAAGUAUGUCAAGCAGAUGAAGGAAGUUUCGCCAGCUCCCGGUGAUGGUGGCCCCAAUGCUAGACAGAUCAUGCUACCGCGUGAAGGCGGGUUGCUGCUACCAAAUGGUAAGCACUUCAACGAAUCUGCUCUCAGGUCUCUGGAAGCCCAACGAGCUCUCCUUCGCGUCUAGCCAGUGAGAGCAGCUUGCUGCCCGCCCAACCUUGGUUCCCUCGCCUUCUUUUUGUCCGACAACUCCGGUGUGAAGAUGUCAAGUGUCUGUCUCCUCCUGCUGCGCAUGUAUAGAGUUUGUUUAACCCCCCGAAUAGGCAACCCCGUAGAUCUGUAGAUUUUGGUUUUGUAUGAAUGAUGGGUAGUUUCUGAAAGAUGGUUUGUAGUGUUUUUAAGGAUGGUAAUGGAUGGAAGCUGUUGCUUGCUUUUAGUGUCUUUACUCUUUACUCUUUCGUUUCAAGUGGUGGACUAGAGACUGUCCAAGCUUCUUAUAGGGUCCUGGAAAGGUAACCUAGCCCAAUCCAAUCUUUGACCCAAGAUAUCAUUUGCAGGCCGAAAUCCAAGGAAAAAAAGAUUAUAGGCGGAGGGCCCAACUCAAACUUGAUUAGCUCCGCACAGUCUUACUCUUACAAGAUAGCUUAUAGGCUAACAAUAUUUGUAUAGUUCAUGAAUACGGGCCUGAAGCCCAAGGGGUAGGCCACCAUAUUUGGCGAGCCCUAAAAUUUCAAAGUAUACCCAUGUUUGAAAUUCAUAAUGAUCUAAAUUUACUCUCUUAUUCUUUUAUUUUCCCUCUCUAUUUUUCACAAAAGAAACACAUCAUUAAAAAAAAAAUACUAUUCUGGUAAGUGUUCAAAUAAAUUUCAUUACCAUAUUAACAAAUUUAAAAACCCAAAGUAACUAAAAAUACAAAAAUUUAGUUCAAUUUCGAGUUGAUCAAUGACCAAAUAAAGUCAAACCUUCUAUACACCAUGUAUGGGUACAAAUCGAAUUUAUACAGUAACAUUAAAGGUACAAGUUUAGUUUGUACAAUAAAGAAAUUUGUAGGAAACCAUAUGUUAUGAUUUAUGGUACAAAUUCAUUUUAUAGUAUAAAAAGAUUUUUUUUUUCUUUAAAUGAAAGCACCAAUAUUGUGAAGUAUUGUAAAAUUCCUCCUAGUAUAGAACCAAAAUCAACUUGUUCAAGACAUAGAGACUAAAUCGGGAAUUUCCUUAAAGCCUAGGGAGUCCUAUGCUAAUAUCCCAAAACAAUUGGGAUUUCCAACCAAAAAAAUUCAAUUAUUUAUGUAGUAGUAAAUGCAUGAAUUGAUGAGGAAGGACAAAUGUAGUUGCAGCUUCUAACGUCACAAUCUACCAACCUCCACCUACCUUUCUUUUCAGUUUCCCCCACUUUUAUUUUAAUUUUAAUUUCAAUCCAUUAUAUUUUCUUUUUCAGUCUUUUCAGUCCAAUCCCACCCUAAAGUGUCCACUUUUGCAAAUUUACCAAAAAUAAGGUGCCACUUUUGCAACUGCAGUUACUGCUUGCUUGCUCUCAUCACGCAACCCAAAAUUCUUUUUAAUUUUAUUUUUUUCUUAUGAAACUGAGUUCUCAUCUUCAUCUCUUUAUUGCUUUCAUGUGUUGUCACCUUUUCCUUGUCUGUAUGGCUCCAGAGUCCAGACCAUAUCCAUAUUGUACGUAAAAUGCAUUCAUUUUGUUUUUUUAUUACGUAAAAAAGGAUUUCAUAUCAACUUCCUUCUUCAUGUAACCAGUAAGUAAUAUUUUAGAAACUCUAUUGUAUUGAUUUGGCCGUUUGAAUCGAAAAUCUCGGAUAUCAAAUCUAGUAUGAUAAGCAGUUUUAACGAUAAGAAACGAUUUAAUCAUGACAAUUUCAAUUUUAAAAUAAAAUAGCCUAUCUCUAAUUUUUUUGAUUAUAACUUUCAAAAUUGCUUUACAAUGUAUGUCAAAGAGAAAGAAAACAAAGUAAGCAAUAAGAGAUAAGGCGGUUUUCCUUCUAGAAGUAAAAACUCUCUUUUCGGCUACUCCCCUAAUUCCAUGUCUUUUCACACUGUCCAUUUGAAUUUUGAAGACAGCCUAUAUAUACUAUUAUUGUCUAAUUAUCAGCUAAGUUAUUUAUCUCAUAUACUUGCAAAAUUUGUAACAUGGAGUUGCACGGAGAGAUCGUAAAUUCAUAAUCAAUGCAUUUUUAGCAUAAGGUUAAAGUUAAUUAGAAAUCCAGUUUCGAAGUUAUUACGAAAACGUGUCAUGUCAAUUGUGAAUUCGAUUCUAUAAGAAAGUUUAAAAGUUUGUUGUUUCACGUUAAUCAUGUUGAUUUUUCCUUAUAGAAACAUUAGAAUUUCGUCGAACAAAUUCAAAAAUUUAUACAACCCGUCAAUCACUCUAGUUCUAACCGAUAAUGAUGACAUGUUCCACAAUAAUUAAUGUGAUGUGGAUCAUGGUAUAGGGUUAAUGGUUAUCCUCCAUGAGACUUAAAGUUGGGUGUUUUGUUUAUCCCUUAUGUAUAUCCUAACUUUGACAAACCCAAAAAUAUUUCUUGCACACCUAAAUUAAAACCAAAAGCUCCUAAGCAAGGCUCUUUGGUAUUAUCUCAAAAUGUGUAGUUAAAAGUUUCCAUGAAGCUUAUCUUUCUAGUUGUGUUUUUGUUUUUUUGAAAAAGACAUAUAUGAUUUUGAUUAUCUACCACCCACACCUCCUUAACAAUAGACCUAAUUGGUUAUGAAUGACUCACAAUCUAUCCAUUCUUUUCUUACUCCCCUAACUUUGUUCACUUUCACUACCACCUUAUUGGGGAAAAAUUCCACAACCACUAGUCCAUCAACUCUCUCUCUCUCUCUCUCUCUCUCUCUCUCUCUCUCUCUCUCUCUCUCUCUCUCUCUCUCUCUCUCUCUCUCUAUUUGUGACCCUACAAGGCCAUAUCAUAUAUUUUGGAUAGGAUCCCCAUGAUAUCUUGGGUUGUGACAUUUAUCGUAAAAGGUUCAUUGUGGGUAGAUUUGUUCACACAUACAUCGUCCCUAUUAAGAAAAUUCUAUUUUGAUUAGGAUGUUAAGAGAACAAGUUGAAUGAAUUGUGGGAGAAACAUGCUAGCUAUAUCUCAGAAAAAAGUGCGAUGCAGGAGGUUUGCAAGCCUCUCCUCCACCAUAUCAACAAUCACUCUCAUCAAUUCGCACCCUAGUCGUUGGGAUGGCAACUUUGCCCAUACUCAUGGGUUAAUCCCAUUGGGUUGGGUAUGAAAUCCAGAUAGAUGGAUAUGGGUAGAGUUUGAUGUAGACAAUGGCGGAUACAUGAUGCUUUAGGGGUGUCCCGUGACACCCCUAAAUUUUGGGAACACGAUUAUCCAACUCCUAGUAGUAGUUUCGUAUGGAUAAACAAAAUAUAACUGGUAAUCUGGGACACCACUAAAAUUUUAAUAAACGAUUAUCUUACCCUCGAUAGUAGUUUGCGUAUAGUUAAAAAAAAAUAUAAGUGGCACUCUGUGUUAUUCAAAUCUAGGACACUCCUAUUAAUAAACAUAUUCUCUAUUAGGUUAUAACUCAUUUGUUGUUCGAUUUUAAAUGCUAUGUAAUGGUAAAAACACGAUUUCUUAUCGCCAGGGGUGCCCCUAAUUUGAAUUGAUUUUAUGGUUACACUACAAGUGUUGAAACAGUCUUUUCAACUUUGAAUUACAUCAUGAACAAUGUUAGAAAUAGAAUACGCGAUUUAGUAGGAUAUACCGAUUUGUUGAGCAGUGUAGACACCAAAUCUAUCUUAUGUUUUUUUUUUCGAAAUAUGAAAACACAUCGUGGUUUUUUGUCAACAUUUGUACUAAUUGGAUAUUUUAUUAUUUAUGUAUUAUUUAAUUUAAUUAUUAAUUUAAUUAUUGAAAGAUGACACCUCUACAAAAAAUUCCUGGAUCCGCCACUGGAUGUAGAGGUGGCAAUUAGGAUCCAAAUCCAUGAAUCCAAUCCAUCCACCAAAUUAUUCACUUAAUCCAAUCCAUUUAAAUCCAAUCUAUUUAAUCCAAAUCCAAUUGGAUUAGUGGAUUCAUGGAUCAAUCCAUGGAUCCAAAUGGCAAAUUACGAUUCGGUACCUAUAUUUUUUAUAUUUUACAUUUUGGUACCUAAAAUUUAUAUUUUUAUACGAAAAAAUCAUUGGAAAAUUAUAUUUUGGUACCUAAAUUUUUUCAUUAUGACAUUUUAGUACUUAAACUUUUCAAAAUUUACAUUUUGGUCGCAGCCUUGGAUGUCAUUUGGAUUCAUGGAUCAAUCCACCAAUCCAUUUGAUCCAAUCCAUGAAUCCACCAAUCCAUUGGAUCCAAUCCAUUUGAUCCAUGGAUCCACCAAUCCAAUGAACGAAUCCACGAAUCCGAUCCAAUUGCCACCUCUAGUUUGAUGGGUUUGUACCCAUACCCAUUUACUUUGAGUUGAGUUGGGUUUAUAUCAAAUGGAUUUGGGUUUGUACCCAUGCCCAAAUACAAAUUACAGUUUGGUACCCAAACUUAAUAGAUAUGCAUAUUUAGUACCUAAAUUUAAUUUUUUUGCAUACAAGUCCUCAAAAUAUCGAUGGAAAAUUACGUUUUGGUACCUAAAUUUUUUUGGUCUUACAUUUUGGUACUAAACUUUUCAAGUUUUACAAAUAGGUCCAAUUUUUGCAUGUGUAGUUAAAACACCCUCAAGUAAAUGGAUAUCCAUAUCCAAUCCAAACCCAUUUAGAUUAUGGAAGCAAUAUUCAUACCUUACCCAAACCCAUCUAUAAACCCCCAAAUCCAUAUGCACUUCACCCAUACCCAACCCAUUAUCAAUGGGUCUACUUGGGUUUGGGUAUAAUUACCCAUGGGUGGGUAAUUUGCCAUCCCUACUAGUCGUGGAUGAAGCUGGGGAGGUCGACUUUCGUGCAACCAUAUAUCGAAUGGGGAGUACCGAUAGUUGAUGUGGGUAGAGGAGAGAGAGUGCAUGAUUGCACGACUCCGAUGCAAUGCAGUGUUUGUCAAGUCUUACCGAAUUAUUGAUUGACUGAUUACGUAACAUAUUCGUACAUCGCGUAACAUAUGUCAUCAUAUUGGUGCAAUCAUGUAGUGAUACUAUUUUUGCCACCACAAUGUCGGCAAUGCUUUUCAUGUCAAUUUAUGACUUCAUGCAAGGCUAACAAAUAACAAUAUAUAUUAUUGUAAUAUUACAUAAAUUCUGACAACCCAACCUACAAAAUACACUGAGUUAUUCAAUUAUCAUUCUUGUCCCAAUUUUUCCUCAUCUUAUCCAGGCUAUGUCCAAUUAAAUAAACUAGCUUGUCACAACUUACAACCAUAUAAAUUAAUACCUAGCUAUAUAUGAAAAAUUGGAGAGGACAGAAAGUGAGGUUGAAGUUGGAAGCAUUAAAUCAUGUGGGGGAAGAAAGAUGACACAUGUUGAAGGAAAUUAAUGGCCAUGCAGACAGACAGUUGGCUACCUAAUUAAGCUGAUUAGGUAGACCUUGCCUCCUCCUAAGUCAUAAUUAAUUAAUUAAUUCAUAUUAGUUAUCAGUUUGCUUCCUCACCAAACUACUGUUGCUGAAAAUGGCCCUUUCCAAUUGGCAAUUGCUUAUACUAUAAACUAGCCUGGAAUAUUAAAGCAAUUAAGCAAACACAAUUAUUUAUAAUUAUAGCUAACUAAAUAUAUACCCGACCAAAGAUGCGCCAAUUAACGUGUACACCAUCGAAAUUCAUGUGCAUGAGAGCAUAUAUUAAUCAAUAUCUGUACGCGUCAAAUACAGUAAUUAAGUACGCUAACAUCUGAUUAUUAUGUUAAUGAAAACAAUUACAUUACUCUUGACAAGUUCGACUAUUAUUCGAUCUGGUUAACUAGGAUUAAUCCCCCUAUUACGACAUUCAUUCCUUUAUUCCUGAAAAUGUCACCCAAAUUCGUUAUAGUUAAGGAUCGACGAAUACUUAACAUGCAUGUUAUGUCUGAACCACGGAUUAUUACGAUGUAAGUACAAGAAAUAAAUGUUCAUUAAGGGGUCGUUUGGAGAACAAGAUUUGGAUGAUGGAUUUAUUGAAUCCAUAGAUUUGGCAAAAUGUUAUGUUUUUUUGCUACUUUUUGUAUCGUGGAUUGUAGGUUUAGAGAUUUUAAAUUUCUAAAAUCUAGAGAUAUCAAAUCUCUCCUAAUUAGAGAGAUUCUACAUCUUGAUUUUAGAGGUUUUCUCUCUCUUACUCUAUCUCUUCCUUUUUUAAUUUAUCCCACUAAAUAUCCAUAUUGAUAAAAUUUUCAAUAUUUUUUUGAGCCAAUUUAAUUAGUUUGGUUAAGCAUAAAAUAUGCCAUUUUAUAAACAAAUAUAAUUUCUUUUUUAUUGUAUGUUAACAAUCGCAGUUAUCAAACAAUGAACAUUUUCAAAUCUUUUUUCAACAAUCCGGAGAAUUCAAAUCUUUGGAUUGUUUAGAAUCUAGAGAUUUAGACUCUAAUUCUCCAAAGGAGCCCUAACCUCUUUUUCAUCAAUCUUAUCCAAACAGAAUAGCCCAGAGAUAAAUCGGUGACUACAAACCCUAAUUAUUAAUUAAGAAGGAAUAUACCUAUUUAACUAUAUUAUCAGUAAGCUAAUCUGACAUCAGUAAUUGUAAAGUAUAUAAUAAUAUAUCACUAACUUGUCACAACGGGUAACCCAACCCCUUUUUGUUUGCUAGCUAGCUUGAACAGUUGACGUUGCCCUAAUUUUCCUCGAUCCUUCCAUUUCUGCCCCAUAACUUUAUUUCCUUUACAAUUUCAUCCCCCCUGCCUUCACGUAUAUAUAGAAAAUUAGCUAGUUACUAGCACUGAACAAAAAGAUUAGGUACUAUUCAUUUAUAAAAAAAAAAGAUUAGGUACCAAAUGCAGACGUCAGACGUGUAACGGACGAAGGAUUGAGCUGGACAGAGAAUCCACCACAAGCGUGGCUUAGAUUGGCUGAGCUGAGAAUUGUUUGAAAUUCCAUUUUCCCUUAAUCUGAUUAGUUAAUUAUUUUUAUUUGAAAUUUCAAUUAUGAUUUAAUAUUAAUCACACUGCACUCCAAAUAUUACCAACUGUUCUCUAUAAAUUAUCAUUAUUUCAAUUAUGCUGUCCCUUGUAGUUUAUUUAUUAUAUGGUUUUAGAAAUUAAAUUAAUGAUUGUUACAUAAUAAUUGUGAGAUUCGGUUACCUGCCUCUCAAAACACAUGCCAUGUUGUUUUUUGCUUUACAAUAAAAACAGGUGAGAAGGUUCUAAUUAAUAUUCUCUACUCACGUGCAUUAGCAUUACCCCCUGAUUUACUCAUCAUUACCAUGAAUUAAUCCCUUGAUUAGCUUUCUUAAUUACUCCAUUUCUGUGGGGAUUAUCAGCUCAUGAUGGGUGGCCCUUUUCUGUCUUAUUCGUGAGCAGAAAAUAGGCUAUAUAGCUCAGAUCGAUCUACCAAAUUGACCAACUAGUUGAUUAUUCAUAUUAAAUCAAGUUGAUGUUAAUGGUUAACUUCUUCAUUUCUUUACAUGGAUGAACUGUUUUAUGAUGUUAUUAAUUAUGGGGUCGAUUCUUUGUUAUGCAUGGGAAUUAAUGAACCAAUUAUUAAAGGGGAUUAGAAGGGGUAGGAAAUUUGAGUAUAGUAAUUUUUUGAAUGAAUUUGUUUGGCACUUUCGUGUACUUGAUAAGAGCAACAAUAAUUUCAAUGUAGAAUUGAUGUGUGUCCUUUCCGUGCAAUAUUAGAAGUCCAAGCCUAUCAUUGACAAAGUCGUGUACUUUUUAGUUUUUAGUACUCAUGGAUCAAUAAGUUGAGUAGUGAUGAUGAAUAGCAAUGAGCUUAGGUAGGUACAUCGCUAUACCAAAUAUGAAAUCCUAAUAAUAAUAAUGUAUACAUGUUUUGGUAGAGAGCAAGGCACUGUCCGGAUUGAUAAUGUCUAAUAUCAUAUUUCAGGUAUAGAACAAAAUCUAACGAGUUGAGUAUUUUUUGAGACAUCUUUAUACGUAUUGUAUCAAAGCAGAUGCGAGGAAAAGCCUAUACAAAGGGUCUAAGAGAACUACUUAAUCAUCAGAAGAUCCAAAUAAGCAAAGUAAUUGUUAUCGAUAGAAGCGAUUUAAGGAUACUCGAUUUCAGGGUCUGAGAGAAACACAUCAUAUAAAUAGUUUAGUGAUUUUAGGUCGGAUACUCGAAGAACUCAUUCCCGAAUCCACCCCGCCCAUAUUACCUUUCUUUUUUUUUUAUAAAAAAUGUAAGGUCAUUUUCAUGAGAUGUUUUAUCAAUUCGAUUCCAGUUAAGAAAUAUUAUCAUUAUUACGCUACUGAAACGUUGAUCGGAUGUUUAUAACAUGGAGUGAUUGACACACAUGGGGCCAGCCAAUCAUCUACCAAAUUAACAUGGCAAAUCAAGAGGGGCUUGCUCUAUUAUUGUAUCCCUAGUUAUAUGUCUUGAAUCUCACACAAAGCAAUCUAUUGUUAUAAUUGUUGAUUCAUUAUAUAUAUGUAUGAGUUGUUGUGAACAUGGGGAGUGGGCAAUUUGGCGUUCCUCCUAUUUUAUAAGGAAGAAAAAAAAAAGGGUUUUUGGAUGAGAUGAUGAGUUGGUGGAUCGGUCGAUUUUGGCCCUUAGUUUGUGUUUGUGGGCCUUCUUAUCACCUUCCAUUCACGUGCCUUCACCUUCUUUCUUUCCCCUUUUUUUCCCUUUGAAUCUAUUUUUUAAUUUUUAUAUAAAAAAAAAUUGAAACUAUUUACGAACUAGAUAAUGGUUGGUAUGCCUAACCACAUUGGGCUUGUUUCAAGGAGAGGGCCCACUACAACUGCCCACCCUAGUUAAGGUUCUAGAAGCCUUGCACUUGCCAAACCACCACCAACCAACUACUUAUUAUUUUUUUUCAGCUAGCUGCCUGUGCACCCACAUGGGAAAAAAAUAAGCAAAUCUUUUACUUGGCCAUGGAGUGUCUGCCAAAAAAAAACUCCAUUUUUGUGAGUAAUUAUAAAAUUAUUUGACUUUUCUAGUGGGUUCAAGUUCGGACUAGAAAAUACAACGAGGUGAAAAUUAUAUGUGAACAAAUAGAAACCGGAUGCACUAGUUAACUGUGACGAUUCGAUUACAAACUAUUAUGAGAACAAUGGGAAGAGUGAACAAUUCGAAGCAUUCAAAUAUCGUGUAGCCGAUUGUCGUGAUGAGGGAUGGUGAAGAAGGGAGGCAAAUAUGAGAUCAGAUUCCUGAGCGAGCACCGAAGCGUCGGUUGCGAUAUCAAUCGACCAUGUUAGAGAGUCCAACCAUCCCUACCCUGCAUUUGUAAUUAGUAGUAAGUAAGGAGAGGCCAAAUUAAAUCUAUAUUAACCUUCACUAGGAAUAUUACUAAUCCAUUAUAACUUUAUGAGGGGUUUUUGUUCUGGAUGAAAUGAUUGUUCUGUUUUAUGCUUUUGUCCGAACUCAUAUGAACUUCGGGAUUGAAAUGAUUUCGGAAGCCAACGACAUACAUUGUUUAAAGUAUAAACACACUAAAUCAAUGAUAUCCACACGAGAUUGAAAACUGUCUUUCAUUAUGCGGUGUCGUGUGAAAAACCAACGAACAAACAUACAAAGUAUUUAAUCUAAGUCACAUACUCACAUGUACCAUCAACUUAUCCAACCCAAAAUAGGAAGUGGUAUGGUAUACAUAAAUAUACAUAUAAUAUGUUUAGAGGUAAAACCAUAGAAAAUUUGAUUGUAUACAUGUAAUUUACCCUAAAAAGAAGUGUAACUGGUGAUGCUUAGGUGAUCACCAUGAGUUAGGUCAAAGUAUGAAAAUUAUGCAUAUGUUGAGUUAGUUGAAAAGAGAGGGAGGGAGGCCAUCUUCAUGCCUUGCAAGAUUGGGAUGAAUUUGGGUUCCAAUUUUAGUUAGUUGAAAAUGGAAAAUUUAGUUCAAAAGUUAGGAAGGUAGAUAGUUGUUCCAAUUUUAGUUAUUAUUAGGUUCUACCUAUUUGUUUGUCAUGUUACUUUUGUCGGACGUGUUUGGCGUUAAGUUCUACUUAUUGGUAAAAAGAAAUAUUGUCCUAAGUGGGGAGUGUUCAUUAAUGACCUUUUGUUAAUUAAUUGCUAACUAAUGGCAUACGGUUUGUUUCUCAACCAAACAAUUACCUUUAAAGACAAACGCACCUCGAAGUCCAAGAGACAAGAGAUGGUGAAUCCUUGUACUCGAUCGACUUCCAUUAUGAUUAGUUUAUCCAUAUAUUUGUUAUAAGUGGCCAUAGAGUUUAGUUGACAUUAAAGACUAAGAUAGAAG